AGCGAAGACUUUGAUGCCCUGACGUGCGAGCCUGGUUCAUUGGGGACGUAUGCGGCGAUGGUAUCCAGCACGAGCGAAUUCACGAUGAAGCACUUCGUCACGGCUUUUCCAUGGCUGACACUCAAAACUCCCUACGUUUUUGCUGUAGGAUGAAAUCGCGAUCUGAUUUGAUUCCUCUGCAGGACAAUGUCUAAUUAAUACUGAGGGCAUAUUCCAUCAUCCCCCAUCUUCGACGACGCCACACUGCUUGCUUCCCCCCCGAAUCCACAGCAGGUGAGGCAAUCUACUGCGCCGGAAAGAUUCCCUACAGCUUCUGCACAGGCUCCGGUAGACGUCACCAAUGUAAUACGAGCUUAGUAUCAUUGGUUUUGAAUUCAUGUGGUGGGGGAAUCAAGCUUGAUGGAGUUCUGACAUCCGGUCGAUUCGUGGGAUACUCUAACCAGGUGUCUAUUUACAGGUGUGGAUGUUUCCGGUGCGGAUUUUGCAAACUUCUAUGAAAGUCCAGGAGCUUUAGUCUGCAUCAGAGAGUGGAAACGAACAGCAUUUAUGCUCUCCUACCCACUGAUGAGAGACAUGGGAAAUUUGUUAUGGAGUCACACCUUAUUUAGAGACCUAACGACAAAGCGUCGCUUUCGGCAAGAAAUGUUUUGGGAAGUGGACUGAAAACCACAUAAGGAAACGUGAGACAGGGUCCAUCUGAUUUGUAGGAAAAAUGAAUGAAAGGUCCGCAAGGGAUUGUGGGUGACUAGCACCAGACCACAUGUUGAAGCAUGAUUUGGAGUUUUUAUGGCCUCAGGAGACAGUCGAGGGUGAAAGAAUGAUGCUAUGUGGCCAGUUCCACGUAGCGGAAUUCGAAUAAGCAUCCAUCACUGCUUGAAAUCGAGCCCGCUUGCGCCAAAAAUGUCGUGGAAACUGGGAUCUUCUCGGGAAUUUUUUUAUGCUGUUUUAUCGCAAUUGUGUACUUUAUUGUUUGUUGCAUCAAUGCAUUUUGGCUUACAUAUUUGAUACUCCUUGUAACGUACACGAUGGAGAACUUGCAAUAAAAUCUCACAUUCUCGUUUGCGUAAUUUAACAUUCAGGGUCAGCCAGUUGUAAAAUUUAUUACGACAUAGUCGACAUACUUGACUGAUGAUUUCAAAGCCAGAUAAUUUAAUCCUAGAAGAAAUAUUCGGAGGAAUGGGAUCUGUGGAGCCAAUGGAGGAAAUCUUGAGGAGCACCGCGCUUGCAACGGAUGGAGAUGGAGCCCAAAAUCCAAGUCAUGGCGAGGAAAUUCACCCAAACUGUGAAAUCCACGUCGCAAGGAUGGGAAUGCAAGUUACCUAGUUGUGCGAUGGGUGCCACCAUAUUAAAGUGGAGGAAUUUCCAGCAGACCCAGAUUUUUUCGCCAGUUAAUUUCUACUUUUCGCAUCGACACGCGACGUAAAGUUGACGGAAACAUGGAGGGGGAGGAUUUGAAGGGAGGUGUUGAGCUAGGGAGGCGACGGAACGACUUCCGGAUGUGGAUCCGACGAAGUAGAAUCGUGAGUUUGAGGCCGAAGUGUACCGUGGAAACGGUAGGCAUGUGGUAGCCGGGCGACGUGGCCCGCACCUGGAUCAGAAACUAGUGCGCGGUGCUGCCAUCGUUGCCUUCACACAAUCGACCGUCUCUUGGUUUGCUGUUCUUCCUCACUCCUGUGGGCAUAAUUGUUUGUGGGUCCCCUGACCUUUCUGACCUGGAGUUUUCCUCUUCCUCUCACUGCCAUCUUUCUUCAACACCUAAAGCCUUUCAGCAAACCCAACUCAACCUAUUGUGGCAUUGUUCGUGUAUUAAUGUACACCUUCGCCCCUCCUGGCCACCUCAAGCGUCAACUCAAUCCUAGUCGUGGCCCAUUGUUUUCAAUUCAAAGUUGUAAUUCGUACCUUUCUAGAGUUAUCGUUUUUCAGCACUCACCUGUCGAUCCUUCUACGAAUGCAGUGCAGCUAUUGUCAUUCAUAAGGAAAUUUGAAGAGAUUGAGUACAGUGAGCCUGAGGAUAAGGUUGUUUGGAGGCCGAUUUCAGUUAAGCGGGUACACUGGUAGCGAUUGCAGAGGGUGUGCUUUGAACGUGGUUGAGGAUAGGAGAGGGAGCUAUCACUUGAUUUUACGCUGUUGCUGGGAGACUUUAGGGGAGAGCUAAUAUUCUUCGAAAGCUGCGUAUGGUGGUAGCUGUCGCGGAGCGUUUGUACUUUUGAGGAAUUCUUGGGUUGUGGAUUAUUUUUGAGCUGUUCUGGGGAUUUCAGAGAAGGAAGUGCUAUACAGUGGGUGAUGCAAGCUCUCUAAAGUUGAUCCCGGAACAAGAUUUUCCAAUCUGAUUGGAAAACUGAUGGCCAUGGCCGCUCUGUCGUGCACCGGGUUGCCCGUGACGUCCUCAUUGGCAGCUUCUCACAUUGAAUGUAGCACUAGUGCAUAUUCUGUCUCUAGGGACGUGAAGCCGAGCGCGAGCGUAAGCAGGGCUGCAAUGGAGCCGUGCGUUGUUUGCAUGCCUCCAUCCGCUUCCGCUUCACGUAUUCCGCUAGGACUGGGCAAGACGACUGGUUUAUAUGGCAGUCACAGAAUUGAGGAUAGGAGCAGAUAUCGGCUUCAGAUUGUGCAGCAGGCUGCGCCACCGACUGUGAGUUUUACAGAGAGGAACUUCAUGAAGAACUUGGAGACAGGCACUGUUCCUGAAUUAUCUGAAUUGAGUGCUACAGGGCGGAAGGGUACGAGUGGUGUUGUACCCUCUUUGCCAAAGGUAGACAGCCCCAGAGGAAAGCCAAAAUUAACCCUAGCAGAUCUUGUAGCUCCCGUUUCAGAUGACCUGCAGCUCCUGAACGAUAACUUGCAAAAGAUUGUAGGUGCUGACAAUCCUAUGCUGAUGGCAGCAGCCAAGCAAAUUUUUGGUGCUGGUGGCAAGCGAAUGAGGCCUGCUUUAGUAUUUCUCGUCUCUAGAGCAACUUGCCAGCUCUCCAAUAUACAGGAGUUGCGACCACAACAUAGACGCUUAGCAGAAAUUACCGAAAUGAUUCACACUGCCAGUUUGAUCCAUGACGAUGUUUUAGAUGAGAGUGAUACAAGGCGUGGCAAGGAAACUGUACAUCAAACGUUUGGAACACGAGUUGCUGUAUUAGCUGGUGACUUCAUGUUUGCGCAGUCAUCUUGGUAUCUAGCUAACCUCGACAAUCUGGAAGUUAUCAAACUUAUCAGUCAGGUGAUUAGAGAUUUCGCUAGUGGAGAGAUCAAGCAAGCCCAAAACUUGUUUGAUACCGAGGUGACACUGCAAAACUAUUUAGACAAGAGUUACUAUAAGACUGCAUCUCUUAUAGCCUCAAGCACGAAAUCUGCUGCCAUUUUCAGUGACUCCACCUCUAGCGUGUCCAACCAAAUGUUCGAUUAUGGGAUGCACUUAGGUCUGGCCUUCCAAGUAGUGGACGACAUUCUGGACUUCACACAAACAUCAGAGCAGCUGGGGAAACCCGCUGGGAGUGACCUGUCCAAAGGCAACCUCACUGCACCCGUUUUGUUUGCAUUGGAGAAAGAGCCUGAGCUGCGGGAGCUAAUCGAUUCCGAAUUCACCGAAGAAGGGUCUUUGGAAGCCGCGAUUUCUCUUGUGCACCGAGGCGGUGGCAUUGACAGAGCGCGUGCGCUCGCCCAGGAGCAAGGCAAUCUGGCGAAAAAAUCCCUGGAAUGUUUGCCUCAAGGAGACACCCGGCGAUCGUUAGAGAAGAUGGUGGAUUAUGUCUUGGAGCGUAUAUACUAGGAGCGUGUGAAGAACUAAUUUGAUGACUUCCCUGGUUAAUUUUCCAUCUGUAACAAUAGUUUGAUCCCCCCCCCCCCAUUUUUUUGUUUUUUUUCCUACCUCCACUUCCCAUUUUCUUUUUUUCUUUCUUUUGUGUAACUUAAAUUCAUUGGUUUUGCCAAAAGGCAGCGUGUCACCAAUAUAAGCACACGGUAUAACCUCGACAGACGACCUGAUUUCCUGCGUUCAAUGCAUCGUUAUAAUAUCACUGGGAUUAACGCUAUCUUCUGCUGCUGGGUUGGUUAGCGAUGGGAGAGCAGUUGAAAAGAGUUUAUCUCUUGGGUCUUCCCAGCAGCGAUCUAUUCUCGUUCGGAUAGAUUUACUCAGCAUUUUUCAAUCAAAAAGAAACUUUCUUGUCAUCCCAGUUCACUCGUGUGUCACAAAAACGAGGAUCUCUAGCCUCAUAGUUAUAUUCGUUCUCGUUGGAGAGAUGUGGACUCGCACCCAGUAUAUGGGAUCAAAGUGCCUGUAUAUUUGUGCUAGAUUUUUUUACUAUUAGUUUCACGUAGCAUGACUUGAUCACGUCCAUGUCUAGGUGCUAAGCAUGCGUGCGACCAUUAUUAUUAUUAAUAUAUAACAUUCAUUAACCGUC